AUUCACAAUGAUCGGUCAUGCAUGCACAUAAUUUACGGACAGACACCUCGACUUUCCGGAAUCACCGGAAUUUGUUUCUUUGCCAACAUGGCCUCGCUAUUGUAAUCAGGAGACUAUACAUACAUCAAGGUCCUUCCGGUUAACGGGUAGAAAAUUAAAUUAAAAUAAAUUACAGGGGAAACAAUAAAUGCAAAAACGGUCAUUAUAAUUACGCUUGCGUUCGAUGUAAGCCGACCAUUAUAUCUUGAUGCGUCGUCUUGUUGUCGUAAGGUUUGCUUACGAUGCCUUGCUUCAAAACGUCGUCAAAUUUCGUUUCAAACUUUUUUGAACGGGGGUUAACAAGAUUUACGUCAUACAAUUUUAUUAUUCCUCGGUCAUUUCUCUGACCUCACCUUUAACCAAUAACGGAAAAACGAGUCGACUCUUUCAUGAUUGCAGUCGUACGAUUGCUGGUAUAGCGAAGGUACGUGACGCAUUAUCAAGCAGGGGUUAUCGUGCCGAACGAUAAACACAUUGACCUAAGAAAUCUCCAGAAGAAAUGGAGAGGAUGGUAGAUCAUCGUGGUAAUGGGGCAGAUGACCGAACGAUCAAAAAUCAACGAAAGGCACGUGACUGAAGAAAACGUCAUUGCGAAUUGAGGGAAAGAGAAUAUAGUUCUUUCUCUAGAUCUCUUUCUGUGUGUGUGUGUGUGUGUGUAGAUAUAUAUGUACAGGGUGAACCAUAUAACGUGAAAAUUUAUCCUCAUAUAUAUUAAUUUAAAGAGUACAUUUUUUAUAUAAUUUAUUUUUACCAAAGGUAUUUCACUCAAAACGCGUUAAGGGGAGAUAUUAUACGGAGACACGCAUACAAUGCGCUUCUAUUUUAUGCUAAGCUCUUUUGAAACGAUCGAAUGAAACACACAGACAAAUUAAAUUGAUGAUAUUUUUUCUAAGGAAAUGGAUUAUCAGCAUUACGUUAAAUGCAGCAAACAGCUGCAGAGGAGUGAAAGGGCAUACGAUAGCAAAAGAAUUUCUAUGGAAUUGAUGGAAGAAGAGGAAUACGAAGAAGAGGAGGAGGAAGAAGAAGAAGAGAAGGAGAUGGUAUCGAAUCGUCACGCGAAUUCAAAGAUUAAACCAGAGACGAGACUCGGUCUGUGCUCCGUUUGUCAUCUUAGUAUUGCCGAGAGAACUUCAGACGAAACGAACGUUGCUUUCGAACGAGCUUCUUUUUCUUCCCAAGGACAUCUCUUGUGUCGUCGUUGCAUAGAGCACUUUUCCUUUCAAUCAGGAGGGAACAAAGCGAUGACUUGUAAAGUUGAAGUUCCCGAAUCGAUGGACACCUCCUACUCUAAUGAUUCUAACGUGGAACAAAGCAAUGGCAGAUAUCACCAGCAAGACAGUUAUUGUAGCAUAAUACGGAAGGACGAACGAGAUCGGUACAAUUCCGAAUUUAAAUUCAAUGGACAAACUACGUGGGAAUGUUCUCGUAGACCGAUACGCUGUCCUCGCAUCGAUUGUGACGUUAACGUUGCAUUUUCGUCACUUACGCAUCAUUUCCUUUUCGAUCAUCCGGAAGUACCUAUUCUGAGCGUUGAACCUGGUGUGAAAAGCACGUUGAUCAUUAGUUUCGCAGCACUCUCUUACGAUACCAGUCGAUGUUUAGCUCUUCUGUUGGUAUCUGGUAAAUUAUCAGAUUCUGCUUCAAGGCUAUUCAAUAGUAAUCAGAUCAAUCCUAAAUACCGGAACCGUCUACCACUUCCUCUAUUAGCUGCUCGCUUACACUCCAUAAAUCAUUAUUCACCUUCCGACGAGGUUUAUGCUAGCGGAGAAGGUCAAUACGAAAAGAAUGUAAUAAUCGUCUGGAUCGCGGGAUUGGAUAUCGGAAAUGCCGCAAAUAUUCUCCGAUGUAGUAUUCAAGCCGUGGAUAAUAUCGAUAAUGAAAGUUUUCGAUCAUUAACGUACACGGGUCCAGUAAAUUCGCUGAGAACAGCCCAACGACCGCGAGAAGUUUUCUUAAACGGUGAUUGUAUCGUUCUUCACGAAGGCUUGAUCGAUCAUAUUACUUCCGGAUGUACCAAUCUCAACAUAAACGUUAUCAUUCAUUAGUCACGU